GGAGCCCCGGUGGCGCAAGCCGCGCGAAGCAAAGCAGCCCCGGUCCGGUCCCUGCUUGCCCGCCGCGACCGUCUCCCGACCUGGCCCGCAGAGCCGGCGCCCCAGUGGCCCCCGGAACACCUGAAGGCGGACGAGGGAAUCCAUGUUGGGGAACUUGGCGGCGGAGUGACGAGUACCUUGGGACCUGCUGUGGGGCCGCCGCCGGAGUAAGCGCCUCGACCUCGGCCUUAGGAAACCCUUUUCCAAGGAGAAAUGAAGAAGAAAACUGUACAUACCCUAAAUGUGGGCAAUCAGGAGUAUGAAGAUAUGGAAGGCGAAGGAAACAGAGACGACGCUGCUGCCCCUGUUCUGUUAUACAGUGAAGCUGACAGAUGUCCAAUAUGUCUUAAUUGUCUAUUAGAGAAGGAAGUUGGUUUUCCAGAAAAUUGUAAUCAUAUCUUCUGCAUGACCUGUAUUCUUAAAUGGGCAGAGACACUGGCUUCCUGUCCUAUUGAUCGAAAACCUUUUCAGGCAGUGUUUAAAUUCAGUGCAUUGGGAAGUCGCAUUAAGGUUCAAGUAAAAAGACAGUCAAGAAAAACAAAAGACAAGAAAAAUGAAAGCUCUUUUAAGAAACAGCUCUCCUGUCAUGAAAAUUCUAAAAACUGUGUAAGAAAAAAAGCUAUCAUAAGAAAAGAUCUAUUAAGUGCACAAUUUUAUGACUUGACGAUGAUACAUGGAAACUCUUCGUACAGUGAAACACGGGAAAAGAAAAAUGGAACAAUAAAGAUAAAUAAGCCUCGAAGAUCCAACUGUACAAAUCAAUGCUUCAGAAAUUUUUUCUCCAAUAUAUUUUUUUCUAGUAGUCACACUGGAGAAUCUUCCUAUACCCAUAGAGUGUACUGUACAGAAUUUACAGAAGUCAAUGAAAUCAGUGCAGUAAUUAGGCAGAAAAGACAGCAACUGGAAUUGUCAUGGUUUCAUGAUACAUUACCUGGAGUUGGAAGAAAUGACUUUAUGCCCUGGAACAUUGAAACUGAAGUCUUUCCUCUCAUCUCUUCCGUGUUGCCAAGAACUAUAUUUCCAACAAGUACCAUAUCUUUAGAAAAUUUUGGAACUUCUUGCAUGGGAUGUGCAUUAGCACACACUCAAGGAGAAGAGAAGAAGCAGACUUCUGGCGCAUCAAAUACCAGAGGAUCAAGACGAAAACCCGCAGCACCAACUCCUACAAGGAGAUCUACACGUAACACAAGAGCUGAAACAGUCAGUCAGUCUCAGAGGUCCCCAGCAUCGAGUAAUUCUGGAUGUGAUGCCCCAGAUAGCAGUAAUCCAUCUGUAAAUGUUUCAUCUUCAGCCGAGUCAGAAAAGCAAACGAGACAGGCUCCAAAACGGAAAUCUGUAAGAAGAGGGAGAAAACCACCUUUACUGAAAAAGAAAUUUCGGAGCUCUGCACCUCCCCCUGAAAAAUCAUCUUCCAGUGAUUCAGUAGAUGAAGAAACUGCGGAAUCUGACUUGCCACCUGUGUUAGAGAAAGAGCACCAAUCAAACAUGGAAAGUAGUAACACUUGUGCUGUCCAGACAAACGCAGAAAACCAGUCUGUUAAUGACUUGAGGAGUGGCAGUGAGCAUGUAGAAGCAAGUGAGGAACAUAUUGAGAACCAUGAUACAGAGGAAACAGUGAAGGCUUCAUAUUCUGAGUGCUGUACCCAAGAUCCUCCUGUGCUAGUUGGAGAAAACCAAAAACCAAACCCAUUACCAUCAAGCCAAGAGGAGGAAGAAAUUGAAAAGGUUGAGAAUACAGAUACAGAGGAUGACGUUUUGUGUGUAGAAGGUGGUGUUUCUGAAAAAAGAGGUGAUCUAUUGGAAAAUCAAGACCAGAUACCUGGACCAUUAGAAUCAGAGGUAAAAACAGAUAUAUGCACAGAUCAUCCUCCAAAUGAUUUCCUUAAAUGUUCAGGAUCUGAAAUUGAAGUACACCAAAAUGUGUCUAGUCCUGUAGGUGAGUUACCCGAGAAUGCAGAGUCAGCGGUUAACAAAGAAGAAAUUGUAGAGAGUCCCAUAGCAGAAGUUAUUGAUCAUAAAGAUUCUGCAGUAAAAAUAGAACAGCCUUUUGAGAGUCCCAAGGUGGACUCCUCUGAGGGUGAAAAUAUACAAACAGUGGACAGAAAAUCUGUUGAGAGCUCAGAGGUUCAGUUGCUUCAGCAUGUUGAAACUGGAAAUGCAGAAACAAUUGCAGAAUGUGAUAGUUCAGGGAAUGAAAAUUUCAGUAGUACUCAAGACUCUGAAAAUAAUUUAUUAAAAAAUGAUCUUGACAAUACGAAAUCAGACAAAUGUUUAGAAGAAAAGACUGAAUCUGUGGGUGAGCAUCUUACAUCUACAGAUUUGCCUAACACACACACUGAAGGGAUUCAGAAGCAUUUCAGUGAGGACAAUAAUGAGAUGAUACCUAUGGAGUGUGAUUCAUUUUGUAGUGACCAGAAUGAAUCUGAAAUGGAACCAUCUGUAAAUGCUGAUUCAAAGCAAUUGCAUGAAAAUUCUGGGGAGCAUAGUUCUGAAAAUACUGUGCUGCCUUCCGAUCCAGCAGAUGGAAAGGCUGAGGCUGUGUCUCAACCGUCUGAAAGCCCAGUAGAUACAAUAGAUAAAGCCAAAAAGCCUCGCACUCGAAGAUCUAGAUUUCAUUCCCCAUCUACAACUUGGUCUCCCAACAGAGACACUGCACGAGAAAAGAAGCGGUCUCAGUCUCCAUCUCCUAAAAAAGAAACAGGAAAAGAUGGCAGGAAGUCUCGAUCACCAUCUCCUAAGAAAGAACCUGCAAGAGGAAGAAAGAAAUCUCGUUCUCAGUCCCCUAAAAAGGAUAAUGCAAGAGAAAGGAGGCGAUCUGAGUCUCGGUCUCCAAAAAGAGAGAGUAGUACUAGGGAUGGCAAAAAAUCGGAAUCACUGUCCCCAAGAAAAGACAUGUCUAGAGAGAAUAGAAGAUCUCAGUCAAGAGUAAAAGAUUCCUCUCCAAGAGAAAAAUCCAGGUCCCAGAGCAGAGAAAGAGAAAGUGAUAGAGAUGGACAGAGGAGAGAUCGAGAUAGAGAAAGGAGAACCAGAAGGUGGUCUAGGUCCAGGUCUCGUUCUAGGUCACCAUCAAGAUCUAGAACAAAAAGCAAGAGUUCAUCAUUUGGUAGAAAUGAUAGAGACAAUUACUCUCCACGGUGGAAGGAAAGAUGGACAAAUGACGGUUGGAGGUGUCCACGAGGAAACGAUCGGUACAGAAAGAGCGAUCCAGAGAAACAGAAUGAAAAUACAAGAAAAGAGAAAAAUGACAUCAAUCCAGAAGCUGAUGAUCCAAAUUCUGACAAACGCAGAAAUGACUGUCCUAAUUGGGUAACAGAAAAAAUAAAUUCAGGGCCUGAUCCAAGGACCAGAAAUCCAGAAAAGUUAAAAGAUACUCACUGGGAAGAAAACAGAAAUGAAAAUUCAGGGAAUUCUUGGAAUAAAAACUUUGGUUCAGGUUGGAUGUCUAAUCGUGGCAGAGGUAACCGGGGCAGAGGCACUUACAGAGGUGGUUUUGCCUACACAGAUCAGAAUGAAAAUCGGUGGCAAAACCGAAAACCCCUUUCAGGGAAUUCAAAUAGUUCAGGGAAUGAGUCCUUCAAGUUUGUGGAACAGCAGCCCUAUAAACGGAAAAGUGAGCAAGAAUUCCCAUUUGAUACCCCAGCAGAUAGAUCAGGGUGGACAUCUGCAUCUAGUUGGGCUGUGAGAAAGACUCUCCCAGCAGAUGUACAAAACUAUUACUCACGAAGAGGGAGGAACUCUUCAGGUCCACAGUCUGGAUGGAUGAGACAGGAGGAGGAAACAGCUGAACAAGAUUCUAACCUAAAAGACCAAACAAACCAACAAGGUGAUGGUUCUCAGCUACCUAUUAAUAUGAUGCAGCCACCAGUGAAUGUAAUGCAGCAACAAAUGAACGCACAACACCAGCCUAUGAAUAUCUUCCCGUACCCAGUGGGUGUUCACGCUCCUUUGAUGAACAUCCAACACAAUCCAUUUAGCAUUCACCCUCAGCUACCCUUGCAUCUCCAUACAGGAGUGCCUAUCAUGCAGGUAGCUGCUCCUACCAGUGUAUCUCAGGGACUACCACCACCACCCCCCCCUCCCCCCCCAUCCCAACAAGUCAACUACAUUGCUUCACAACCAGAUGGAAAGCAAUUGCAGGGUAUUCCUAGUGCUUCUCAUGUAAGUAAUAACAUGAGUACACCAGUCUUGCCUGCUCCGACAGCAGUCCCAGGAAAUAUGGGAACAGUUCAGGGACCAAGUUCUGGUAAUACUUCGUCAUCAAGUCACAGCAAAGCCUCUAAUGCUGCUGUAAAAUUGGCAGAAAGCAAAGUAAGUGUUACGGUGGAAGCCAGCGCAGAUAGCUCGAAGACAGACAAGAAAUUGCAAAUUCAAGAAAAAGCAGCCCAGGAGGUAAAAUUGGCCAUUAAACCAUUUUACCAAAAUAAAGAUAUCACCAAGGAAGAAUAUAAAGAGAUUGUACGGAAAGCAGUAGAUAAAGUUUGUCACAGUAAGAGUGGAGAAGUAAAUUCUACGAAAGUGGCGAACCUGGUUAAAGCCUAUGUGGACAAAUACAAAUAUUCACGGAAGGGGAGCCAAAAGAAAAGCCUGGAGGAACCUGUGUCCACUGAAAAAAACGUAGGCUGAAAGGAGGAAUGCUGUAAAGGACGCUGUCAGGCUGUCUGCAAAGUGCAAUUUCAACAUGGACUGAAAAUCAUACACAGCUGUGAUUGAAAUUUGGUUUUGAUAAAAUUAUUUUUUUUUAAUGUAGGAUAUAAUGUUUUGUUCUAAAUAAAUAUAGUUGUGCACCGUAACUUCUAUAUCCUUUUUUUCCCCAAAUAAAUGCAAGGGGAAGUAAAGGUUUGAAGGAAUGUGCAUUUUUACUAUGACCAUGUUACAGUGUGGAUGAUGGAAGAUGUAUAGCUUUUUGAUUUGAACAAUGAAGUGCAUAAAUUAGAAACUUUCUAAGUGCACUGGUUUUGGAAGAGAUAUAUAUAUAUUACAUUUAUUCUGUCAGGCUAAAAAAUAAAGUAUAAUCUUUAUGAUUUUUCCCUCUAAUCAUAGAAAUUUAAAUAAUGUAUUAAGAAAAAUAUUUCUAAUAUUAACAGAACAUACCAGUUUCAGGGUUCUUAAUGUGUAUUUUUAAAGAAGCACACAUCUGAGUAGAUUGCUUAGAUAGAAAAUGUUAAUCACAUGAGUAAAACUUAGUGUUCAAAACUUUGGGACACUCUUCACUUAUUGUAUCACCAAAUAAAGGUUAUGCUGCUUGUUUUUC